AUGGCUCCAUUUCGCAUAUUGAGUUUUGAUAUAGAGUGUGCUGGCCGCAAAGGUCAUUUUCCCGAGCCAACCCAUGAUCCUGUUAUUCAGGUGGCCAAUCUAGUAACUUUGCAGGGGAAGGACCAGCCAUUUGUUCGUAAUGUUAUGACCCUGAAUUCAUGUUCUCCGAUAGUUGGUGUGGAUGUUAUGUCUUUUGAUACAGAGAGAGAAGUCCUGCUAGCUUGGAAGGAUUUUGUCCGUGAAGUGGACCCAGAUAUUAUAAUUGGGUAUAAUAUCUGCAAAUUUGAUCUGCCAUAUCUCAUCGAGAGAGCUGCAACCUUGGGAAUAACAGAAUUUCCUCUCUUGGGUCGCAUCAGGAACAGCAGGGCUAGGAUCAAAGACGCAACAUUUUCAUCAAGGCAGUAUGGAACAAGGGAAAGUAAAGACAUUACAUUGGAGGGCAGAGUUCAAUUUGAUUUGCUUCAGGCUGUGCAACGAGAUUAUAAACUAAGUUCUUAUUCAUUAAAUUCUGUUUCAGCGCACUUUCUUUCGGAGCAGAAAGAGGAUGUUCACCAUUCAAUAAUAUCCGAUCUGCAAAAUGGGAAUGCAGAAACUAGGAGGCGGCUUGCUGAUGCGUAUCUCCCACAGCGACUCUUGGACAAACUGAUGUUCAUUUACAACUAUGUGGAAAUGGCCCGUGUAACUGGUGUCCCUCUCUCUUUUCUUCUUUCCAGGGGACAAAGCAUCAAGGUGCUUUCUCAACUGUUGAGGAAGGCCAAGGAAAAGAACCUAGUUAUUCCGAAUGUCAAGCAGGCAGGAUCUGAACAAGGAACAUAUGAAGGUGCAACUGUUUUGGAGCCAAAAGCAGGAUUCUAUGAAAAGCCAAUUGCAACACUGGAUUUUGCAUCUCUGUAUCCAUCAAUAAUGAUGGCAUACAAUCUAUGUUACUGCACUUUGGUAACUCCUGAAGAUGUUCGCAAACUGAACCUCCCUCCUGAAUGUGUCAAUAAAACUCCAUCAGGCGAAACAUUUGUGAAGUCAGAUUUGCAGAAGGGGAUUCUGCCUGAAAUUCUUGAAGAACUAUUAACUGCUCGUAAAAGAGCAAAAGCAGAUUUGAAGGAAGCAAAUGAUCCAUUUGAGAAGGCUGUUCUAGAUGGUCGCCAGCUGGCAUUGAAGAUUAGUGCAAAUUCUGUUUAUGGGUUCACGGGAGCUACAAUUGGCCAAUUGCCAUGUCUAGAAAUAUCCUCAAGUGUUACAAGCUAUGGUCGACAGAUGAUUGAACACACAAAAAAAAUUGUGGAAGACAAGUUUACCAUACUAGGUGGCUAUGAACACAAUGCAGAGGUUAUUUAUGGUGACACUGAUUCAGUUAUGGUGCAAUUUGGCGUUCCUACUGUAGAAACAGCAAUGAAGUUAGGGCGUGAAGCUGCUGAGUAUAUUAGCAAAACUUUCAUGAAAAUAUUAAUCGAAAGAGAUGUGCCUGGUGCAGUUCAAUUUGUAAAGAAUACCAUUUCUGAUCUUCUCAUGAAUCGCAUGGAUUUGUCACUUCUGGUUAUUACUAAGGGUUUGACAAAGACAGGAGAUGAUUAUGAAGUAAAGGCAGCUCAUGUUGAACUUGCUGAACGCAUGCGCAAGAGAGAUGCUGCCACUGCUCCAAAUGUAGGGGAUCGAGUGCCUUAUGUCAUUAUAAAAGCUAUAAAAGGUGCCAAGGCUUUUGAGAAAUCAGAGGAUCCCAUAUUUGUGCUAGAAAAUAACAUACCAAUAGACCCCCAAUACUAUCUGGAAAACCAAAUUAGCAAGCCACUUUUAAGAAUUUUUGAGCCCAUUCUGAAGAAUGCCAGCAAGGAGCUCCUCCAGGGAAGUCACACAAGAUCUAUUUCUAUAUCUACUCCUUCAACCGGUGGUAUUGCGAAAUAUGCUAAGAAACAGCUCACGUGCAUUGGCUGCAAAACCCUUCUUAGAGCAGCUUUUUGGGAGGCUGUGGACACAGUGCCAAGAGUGCCAAGGCUCUCUUCACCAGGAUGUCCUUUGCACAAGGGUAGGAUUGGAGAUAGUAAUACUGGUCCUACGGUGCAAGGACACAGUCUGACUAUAGAAGAUGAGUUAGAGAGGCCUGAGAAACAACGUUUGAGGAACGACGAUACUGUCGUGAUCAAGAACAAAGUGAAGAUUCAUCUUUCUUUAUUAGAGAUCAACGGGGCGGCCACAGUGGAGCGAGAUCGAAUAAUGAAUGGGUUAGAGAAUACCGUAUCUACAUCAGCGAAUAUUUAUGUGAAGGAAGUUUGCCUGACGGUUCCCGGUCUCGAAUUUCGAGAUGAAGACAUCCCGAUUACUUGGGAGAAAGAAGAUGUCGGUUUUUAUAACGCACGAGACGGUAGGCUUUGA